GCACAGCGUCGCAGAAUGAUGACGUCCUCACUUGGUGACGUGUCAGUUUGUUUACAGCUGUACCUGCGCUGCAGCUGCACAGACAUGGCUGUGGAUAUAACUUUACUUUUCAAGGCCAGUGUUAAGACAGUCAAAACCAGGAACAAGGCGAUAGGAAUAGGCUUUGACUCUACUAAAGAUGAGAUUUUCAAGAGGAGCAGACCGAAGAGUGGCUUCUCUCCGAAGGCAAAAGAAGUGAUCACAAACAUCACCAAGCUCAAAGACUUUCUGCUACAACACAGGAAAGAUUACGUUAGCGCCGGAAGUCUCAUCUCAUCAGACCUGACCCGCAUGACAGACAAUGAGCGAGAUCAAAUAGACCAGGAUGCUCAAAUCUUCAUGAGGACAUGUUCUGAGGCUAUCAAGCAGCUACACAAUGAAGCGGACAAGCAAGUGACAUCAGCACAGAUAAAGGAGCACAGGUGGGCUGUGCUGGACCUCAUUGAAGUGUAUCUAAGGGGAGUGUGUAAGCUGUACUCAGAGCAGAGAGCAAUCAGAGUCAAGAGAAUGGUGGACAAGAAGAGGCUGUCAAGACUGGCACCAGAGCACCACAGGGUGGAGAAGACGCCAGAGAAAGAGCCCACAGAGGAGAAGACCGUCAAGGAGGAAAGUUCUGAGAAGAGUGUGUCAGAGGUCCUGGACAACCCAGUCAACCUGUGGGAGGAGGGCCGGGUGGAAGAUGAGCUCUCCCCUGAAGAGAUCCAGAUGUUCGAGCAGGAGAACCAGAGGUUGGUGAGCGAGAUGAACAGUCUGGUGGAUGAAGUCAGGCAAAUUGAGGGGAAAGUGGUGGAGAUCUCCCGACUGCAGGAAAUUUUUGCUGAAAAAGUCCUGCAACAGGAAACGGUGAUAGACAAUACUCACCAGCUGGUAGUGGGCGCUACAGAAAACAUCAAAGAAGGCAACGAGGAUAUACGAGAGGCAAUCAAAAACAACGCUGGCUUCCGUGUGUGGAUCCUGUUCUUCCUCGUCAUGUGCUCUUUCUCUCUGCUUUUCCUGGACUGGUACGACAGCUAACCCAAUUAGCCAGCAUGGACUCUUAUUAGAUAGGAAAACAUCUGACUCCGGCACAUAAGGAAGGGAUGUACAACACUGAGACUGAAUGUAACAUAACAUGCUGGACCUGCUGUACAGAGGGAAAGAUUCUGCUCCUAAGUGGAGACAGAUCAAUCUUCCCUGAUGCCGUCUGUCCAUCUUUAAAGUUGAAAGCACUUCUAUGGCAGCAAGCUUUGUAUUGCUUCAAGUGUGUGUGCAUUUAGAUGGUUCGUCUUCCUCUACCACUGACAGCCGUGAUAAUGGUUUGAUUGGCAGAGACUAUUCAAUGAACAAAUAACAAAUUUUUGUCAUUUCACUGUCACGCUCAAGUAUACUAUUUAACUAGAUUAUAAAAUUGUACCCCUACAUGACAUGUCAAUUUAACACCUCUGUAAAAUGCUGUACGUUUCUUUUUGCUUUCCAGGCAGUUGUAAGCAACAGAACAAUUUUAUCAUUUCUAUCACAGUGUCACUGUACUGAUGCACCUCUAAAACUCUAGUAAAAUAAAAAAUUAUCUAAAUUAAA